UUUUUUUUUUUUUUUGGGUGAACUUUUGUCGUUUCCUUCAUUUUCCCAUAUUAUCGUCCCACAAUGCAAUUCCUCGCACCGUUCCGACGUCAUUUCUUCCUUCUUCCGAUUCUGUGCAUCGCGGAACCGGAUGCGGACCCUCAGUAUACCAACAAUGCGCCUUUUUCUGGCGCAAUCUACAUCGUUAAUCCCAAUGGCGAAAGUGUGAACGCCGCAGGGACAAACUAUUGCCCGAGCUACGCCUCAGUAAGCUGCGCAAACAUGGGAUCCCCGAGCUGGUGUUGUCCAGCCUCAUAUACCUGUGCCUCACCUCCAAACUCAGGCGGCCUAAUUGGCUGCUGCCCCUCUGGAAGUACGUGCGGGGGGAACGUAAAUGUCGCUUCAAUUACUACCGUUACAGUGCAAGCAGUGCAGCAAACAUCCUACGUCUAUGUUCAGCCUCAGCCUACCACAGUGGCAGUUUAUAACGCGCCCACGACCCAAGUGGUAGCUCAAGGCGGAUUUUGCAGCACUUUAACGAUGAGUGGUCCUGGGUUGCCGACGACACGCCAGGGAGACUGCGGAACAAUUCUUGUUGUAAACGAAGGCUACACAAAUUUCAAACCAGUUGGGUAUGGCAUCGGCGCGAUUGCCAUUUUAUUACACCUGGCCCUCGCGAGGAUGUUUGGUGCGAUUCAUUGGCUGUAAAUUUUAGGUCCAAUUGGUGUUUGAACACGAGUUACGGGAUUCAGG